AUUCAGCUCUGCUUCACAGGUCGGUGAAAGGAUACCCCAGUGUGUAUGGCUUUUGCCACUGUGUUUUAUCCUUGACCAACUUUAUGUAUGAUGGGGCACUAUAUCCAAAUAAAAUGACUGGUGGGAUGAAAGAGAGGGACAUUAGCUUUGCAAUGAUUGACCCAGAGCUACUGGACCAUGGCCUUGUCAGUGAGGUUGAUGGUUUCCAGCUGAAAAGACCCAGUUCACCCGUACCCAGUGGCGUGUCUCUGAAGAGUGACAGGUCCAUGAAAAUGCCAAUUAAUUACAAUGAAGAAGCCUUGCCACCAGAAGAAAGUUUUCAGCUGAAAAGAUCCAGUUCACCUGAGCCCAGUUAUGUGUCUCUGAAGAGUGACAGGUCCAUGAAAAUGCCAAUCAAUUACAGUGAAGACCCAAUGCCACCAGAAGAAAGUUCUCAGCUGAAACGACCCAGUUCCCCUGGACCCAGUGGUGUGUCUCUGAAGAGUGAUAGGUCCAUGAAAAUGCCAAUCAAUUAUAGUAGAGAACCUUUGCCACCAGAAGAAAGUUCUCAGCUGAAAAGAUCCAGUUCACCUGUACCCAGCGGUGUGUCUCUGAAGAGUGACAGGUCCAUGAAAAUGCCAAUCAAUUACAGUGGAGAACCUUUACCACAAAAAGAAAGUUUGCAGAAGAAAAGAACCUGUUCACUUGUACCCAGGGGUGUGUCUGUAAAGACUGAUAGGCCAAUGGAAAUGCCAAUCAACUAUAGUGAAGAACGUUUAACACCAACAGAGAGAUUUGACACCCUGAAGGCACAGAGCAAAACACUGAAAUUAAUCUUUAGAGAGAGAUAUCAGCAUUUAUUUGAGGGAACAGCACAACAGGGAAACCCAGUACCUCUUAAUGAGAUCUACACAGAGCUCUACAUUGUGGAAAGCAUGAAUGAAGCUCACAGCUGUCGCCAUGGUGCAAGCCAUUUUGAAGUAGCACUGAAAAGAGUAAAGGGGGGCACACGAAUCAAAUGCAAUGAUAUCUUCAAUCCUACACCUGGACAUGACAAGCCCAUCAAGACUGUACUGACAAAGGGAGUGGCUGGCAUUGGAAAAACUGUCUCUGUGCAGAAGUUUGUUCUGGACUGGGCAGAAGGCAAAGCAAAUCAGGAUGUCCAUUUCAUAUUUCCACUCUCUUUCAGGGAGCUAAAUUUGAUGAGGGACCAAAAAUACAGUCUGAAUGACCUUCUUCAGCAUUUUUUCAUGAAAGGAAUCGAUGCAAGUUCACCCCAAUUUACAAACCAUUCUCUUCUUAUCAUUUUUGAUGGUCUGGAUGAGUGUCGCCUUCCUUUAGAUUUUCAGAACAAUGAGAGUUUAUGGGAUGCAACGAAGACAACCACAGUAGAUACCCUGUUAACAAACCUCAUCAAGGGGAAUCUGCUUCCCUCUGCACAAAUCUGGAUAACCUCUCGACCAGCGGCAGCUGAACAGAUCCCCACUGAAUGUGUUGAUCGAGUAACAGAGGUACGAGGAUUCAAUGAUCCACAGAAGGAAGAUUACUUUAGGAAGAGAAUCACUGAUCAGAGCCUGGCCAACAGAAUCAUUACCCACCUGAAGUCACUGAGGAGCCUCUAUCUCAUGUGCCACAUUCCAGUCUUCUGUUGGAUUGCAGCCACUGUUUUAGAGAGAAUGGUGGUGGACUGUGGUUGGGAUAACAUACCAAAGAGUUUAACUGAGAUGUAUACGUACUUCCUGAUCACACAGAUCAACACUAAAAAAGCAAAGUACUCUGACAACAAAGUCACAGAUAAAGAAGUGAUCUUCAAGCUUGGUAAGCUCGCCUUUGAGCAGCUUGAAAAAGGCAAUCUGAUCUUCUAUGAGGAAGACCUGAAAGAAUGUGGCAUUGACAUCAGAGAAGCAUCGGUGUACUCUGGAGUCUUCACACAGAUUUUCAGAGAGGAGUUUGGACUUUUCCAGAGGAAAGUAUUCAGCUUUGUGCAUCUGAGCAUUCAGGAACACCUUGCAGCUCUGUAUGUGUUCUUGUCCUUCCACAAUCACAAGCAAGAUGUGCUCAAUUCACACUCCCGUGAAUCUAACCAACCUUUAACAAUAUUAAGUUUGCUCCAGCAAGCAGUUCAUAAAGCCUCUAUGAGUGAGAGUGGUCAUCUGGAUCUCUUCCUUCGUUUUCUCAUGGGCUUCUCACUAGAGUCCAACCAGAACCUCCUUCAAGACCUUCUGGUACAGGGAAGCAGCAAUCCUGAGGUUGUAACAGAAGCCAUUAGCUAUCUGAAGAAACAAAUUCAAGGGACCUGCUGUUCUUAUAUGUUUCUCAAAUGCUUCCAUUGUCUCAAUGAGCUUAAUGACAGCUCUCUUGUAGAUGAAGUCCAAACCUUCCUGAGGAACAGAAACCUAAAUGAGGACAACCUAUCUCCUGAACUUUGGUCAGCAUUAGUAUUCAUCAUAGUUACGUCAGAUGAGAACUUGGAUGUGUUUGAACUUAAUAAAUAUGGCACCUCAGAUGAAGCUCUUGUCAACUUGUUGGCUUUAAUCAAGAUGUCUAAGACAGCCAGGCUCAAUAACUGUAACAUCACAGUGAAAGGCUGUGCAGCACUAGCUACAGCUCUUCCCAUCAUGAAAGCCACAAAGGAGCUGGAUCUUAGUCACAACAAUGUGCAAGAUGCUGGCGUGAAGGUGCUCUGUACUGGAAUCCAAGGCGACACUAUGGAAGAAAAAUUGUUGAAUUGCUCUGGUAUUACAGAAGAAAGUGGUUUAAACCCUUUGUGUAAGAGAGAGCAGGUCCUGGUGUGGGAUAGCAUGACAAAAUUGCUUUACCGUUUCAUGGACUCAUUAAAUCAGAAACAUGCCAUAAAGGAAUUCCCAGGACUGCAGGGCACAGAGUGUAACAUCGAGAUCCUAAGGUUUAAUAACUGUGGUGUUACGAGUGUAGGGUGUGGUUUUCUAGCUCUUGUCCUGAAUUCAAACUCCUCAAACCUGAAGGAGAUUGACCUGAGCCAGAAUGACAUUGAAGACUCAGGAGUGAAAGUGCUUUCUGAUGCAUUAAAGAAGGCUUCAUGUAAACUGAGCACUCUAAAGCUAAUUGAGUGUGGCAUCACAGAGAAAAGCUGUGCAACUCUGGUCUCAGUUCUCAGCUCUGAGUCCUCAUGUCUGAGAGAGCUGGACCUAAGUCUUAAUGACCUGAAAGAUUCAGGAGCGAAGCUGCUGUCUGUUGGAGUGGGAAACCCACACUGUAAACUACAAAAUCUUACGCUGUACAACUGCAACAUUGCCGAAGAAGGCUAUGCUGCUCUGACUGAAGCUCUGCAAUCAAGUCCCUCACUUCAGAUACAGUAUUGUCUAAAGGACAAUGAGGCCAGAGACUCCAGAAUGCAGGGGCUGUCUGAUACAGCAUAGUUCAUAAAUCAGGCUCAAUCAGCAAAGUGCAAUACUUCAGAUGUUUUACAGCUCUGGAAAUCCAUUCUUAAGCUAAUGUACAGAUAAAACAGACCUGUCCAGAUAUUAUCAGUCAUUUUACAACAACAUUACACUUAUUUUACCUGAGCAACAGAUUACUGUUUGCAAAAGUUUUCUUUUCUUUAUUUUUUUUUUACAAAGAUUUCCAGUUAGUAUUAGUGUGUUGUAAUAUCCUUUAUAUUGUCCAUGUUCAUUCACCUUUGUAUUCCGUGCAGGGCUCAGAAACAGGAUUACAACUACUAGAAUGCUUUAAUGUUUCCAGUCUUGCAUUCAACACCCACAUAUCAGUCCUUAACCAUUUAGACCAUUUAAUUCUCUUCUUUUUAUAUAAGCUGUAAAUAACAUAUCUGUUUGCAAAGUUGUUGCAAAUAGUUGCUUAAAUUGAUCUCUUUCUGUUGUUAAACUGCAUCUGUGAAGCAAAGCAAAACAAUUACACACAUGUUCAUUUUAUGUAUUGUUGUGUUUGAGAAAUCAACUACCAAAUUAGCUAAAUGUUAGUUGAAUAAAUGAUACACUGAAUGACA